AUGGGGUCAUCGCACGUCGCCGUGGUGGCUUUUCCCUUCGCCUCCCACGCCCCGAAGCUCCUCAUGGUCGCGCGCGCCCUCGCCACCGCGGCGCCGACCGCGACCUUCUCCUUCAUCUCCACCGCCGACUCUCUGGCGCGGCUUGGUAUCGCGGCGGUCCCGGGGAACCUGCGCUUUGUGGAGGUGCCGGCUGCAGGAGGCGACGAUCAGGGAACCAUGCCGUGGCGCCGGAUGGAGCUGUUUGUCGAGGCCGCGGAGGCUGGUGGCCUCAGGCAGGCGUUAGAAAUGGCACGCGCCGCGGCUGGGGGCGCCAUGGUGAGCUGCGUCGUCGGGGACGCCUUCAUGUCCAUGGCCGCAGAGGCCGGGGUGCCCUGGGUCGCAGUCUGGACGGGCGGCCCGUGCGCGCUCCUGGCACACCUCAUCGGCGACGCGAUCCGCGAGGACAUCGGUGACCAGGCCGCGAACAGGGCCGACGAGCUUCUGACCUCCCACCCAGGCCUCGGGAGCUACCGCGUCCGCGACCUCCCCUUCGGCGGCGUCGGCGCCAGCGGCGACACGCACCGUGUCAUGAGCCUCCUCCUCAGCCGCCUGGCGCAGCGCCUGCCCCGCGCCGCCACCGCCGUCGCGCUCAAUGCCUUCCCGGGCCUCUUCCCGCAGGACGUGUCCGCGGCCCUCGCCGACGCGCUCCCCAACUCCCUCCCCAUCGGCCCCUACCACCUCCUCCCGGGGGCCGCCGCGCCAGCCGACGACCCCCACGGCUGCCUUGCCUGGCUCGCUCAGCGCCCCGCGGGCACCGUGGCGUACGUCAGCUUCGGCACGGUCGCGGCGCUGCCACCGGACGAGCUUCGUGAGCUGGCCUCCGGGCUCGAGGCCAGCGGCGCGCCCUUCCUGUGGUCGCUUCGGGAGGACGCGUGGGCGCUGCUCCCGCCGGGGUUCGUGGACCGCGCCAAGGCCAACGGCUCCGGGCUCCUGGUGCCAUGGACGCCGCAGGCCGCGGUGCUGCGGCACCCGGCAGUGGGCGCGUUCGUCACGCACUCCGGCUGGGGGGCCGUCGUCGAGGGGAUGUCCGGCGGCGUGCCCAUGGCGUGCCGCCCCUUCUUCGGCGACCAGCAGAUGAAUGCGCGUGCUGCGGCGCGCAUGUGGUGCUUCGGCACCGCGUUCGGUGACGACACGCCGAUGACGAGCGGUGGCGUGGCGGAGGUGGUGACGUCGCUGCUGACAGGGGCUGAAGGGGCCCGGAUGAGGGCUACGGCGCGGGACCUGCAGGCCAGGGUGGUCAAGGCGUUCGGGCCCGACGGCGGAUCCUUGAACAACUUCCACAAAUUUGUCGAGGUUGUUUGUGCUCGUGUGUGA